AUGGGGACAACACAGCCAAAGAGUCAAGAAAAAGAACCAAAUAUCUCUGUUCAAAUAGAACAAACUCCUGAACCGGUUAUAGUCCUUCAGAAUGAGCAGUCUCCAGAAAACCACAAGGAAAUCAACCCAUCACUUGCCAGAGAACAAGACCGAGCGCAAGAAACCCAAGAUGUAAUGGAAAACGAUGAAACCUCCCCAAGAGUCAGUCCUCCAAGGAAACAUAAGAAGAGGAGACUAGCUCAUAAGGGAGCUGAACAACUGGCACCCCCUUUGCGAGAAAAAGCAAAGCAGAUUAGCAACAAACUGCAUGAAGAACAACAUCGUAAUCCGGUUCUGAGUAUGCAGGCACCUGACCCCUUGCAAGCCAAAUCAAAUACACCAUGCCCCAUGUCAACGGAGCAGUCGUCAACCGAGAGGUUGAAGCUGAUAGUAAAUUUCGAUGCAGACAAGGUUUUCCCUGAUACUAGAAAUGCAGAAAAAGAGACAUCGAAAGCUAAUCAACACAAAACCUGGGCUGAUGAAUCGGAUGAAAUGCAUCAAGAUGAAGAAUUGAACGAAACUGGAGGAACGGAACAGAGUUCUGCCCCAAGAGAUCAACUGAAGGCGAUGAAUACAUCAUUGCCGGAACAUACAUACGGCGAGGCGUGGCAACGGGCGGCGCACGCGGCUAUCCGACGGCGGCUGGAGGAGGCGGAGGCGGACGCGCGCGGGGGCAGUGCGCGGGCGCGCAACGUCGUGCUGGCCGUGGGCGACGGCAUGGGGCUCUCCACCGUCACCGCCGCACGCAUUCUCGCCGGGCAGCGCCUCGGAUCCUCCGGCGAGGACCACCACCUCACCUGGGACCGCUUCCCCGCCACCGCACUCGCCAGGACGUACAACGCCGACGCUCAGACGGGCGAGUCUUCGGCGUGUGCGACGGCGCUGCUGUGCGGAGUGAAGGCGAACCGAGAGACGGUGGGGCUGGACGCGCGCGCGCGCUUCGAGGACUGCCCGUCCAGCCACACGUCGCGCGUGCCGUCGCUGCUCUACUGGGCCCAACACAAAGGCAUGGCGACGGGCAUCGUGACGAACACACGCGUGACGCACGCGACGCCCGCUGCCCUGUAUGCCCACUCGGCUAGCCGCUACUGGGAGGACGACUCCAAGAUGUCGCCAGCUACGCGAAAGAUCUGCAAGGACAUCGCAAGGCAGCUCGUCGAAGACACACCAGGUCGCAAUAUCACGGUGGUGCUGGGCGGCGGGCGGCGACACUGGCUGCCGAGGGAGGCGCGCGACCCGGAGCUGGACGCUGAGGAGGGCCGCCGGCUGGACGGCCGCAACCUCAUCGAGGACUGGCUGCGCGACAAGAAGCGGCGCGGCCUGCGCGCCGCCUACGCCUGGAACCGCCAGCAGCUCAACCGGCUCGCGCGCACUCCGCUGGACCACCUCAUAGGGCUGUUCGCGUACUCGCACCUGGACUUCGAGGCGGACCGUGACACAGGUCCCGAGGGCGACCCGUCGCUCGCCGAGAUGGCGUUAGCCGCGCUGCAGCUACUGCGCCGCAGCCCCGCCGGAUUCUUCCUCUUCAUAGAAGGCGGGCGCAUCGACCACGCGCAUCACUACAACAACGCGUACCGCGCGCUGGACGAGACGCUGGCGCUGGACGCGGCGCUGUCCGCCAUCCUGCCGCUGGUGGACCUGCGCGACACGCUGGUCGUCGUCACGGCCGACCACUCGCACGUGCUCACCAUGGGCGCGCUCAACGCGCCGCGCGGCAACCCCAUACUCGGUGAGUCCUGA